CCCCACGCACCUCCCUCCGCACAGCUGUGAGCAAUGAGCAUCCCACCCCCAGCUCCUCCAGCAUCAACGCUACGAAUGCGUGCGUAAAAGACGCGGUUACCGAAACCGGUUGGCUGGUUGCGGUGCGCACCCGAACACGCACAGCCCGUGGAUCCACUUCAGCUGGAUAAUGGAUUAACCCGACAGAUAGACAGCGGACUGCGUGCUCCAGAUGUCAACGCACUGGAAGAAAACCCACCCACCCACGAUGGAGUGACUCAGACUAAAGUAGCUGAAUAAGAGGGCGCCGGUGCGGACGGGGAGAUCCUCUCCGGUGCUUAAAGCUCGUCACGUUGCGGCUUUUUAUGGGGAGGAGAAGCGCUGAGCUCGAGCCGCUUCACGGACUGACAGUUGCUGCGCGAGGCGCUGGCGUCAGAUAUGGAUCGCACGCGGCACACCUCAGGGCGCGCGAGCGCGUCUUCAUAAAGUGAGAGAACGCGAAACUGACAGGGCAAAGAAACUUCACGAGUCAAAGUUACUGGGAGAAAACGACCGUUUUCGCUCGACCAACGGGUUAAUUUAGACAGAGUUAAGCUAGUUUCAGCGACCUUCACUGGACACUUUGAAGUAGAGAAGAUGCGGCGGGAGGUCGCGCGGAGAUUUCAGAUGCUCCUCGUGCUCUGGUCGGUACUUGUUACUUUGGGGACUGGGUUUCCUACAAGACACAAAGGUGUUGCCCACAAGGGUCAUGGCCACCCAAAUCACAGUGGUGGGGUCCAAUAUGUCCCUGAGACCCUCGAGCAACAGAAUCAGGUGCAAAGUCUGCCUGAAUCGCACAGCCAGCAAAGGAGAUGGUCACACCACCAACACCACUCCACUGAAGUUCUUCCACAGCCAGAACCUGAGGAGGAGACCCAACCAUUCAUUCUCGAUCUCAAAAACUUUCCGGACCUGGCCAACGCUGACAUCAACGCACAAAAUCCCAACAUACAGGUAACCAUUGAGGUGGUGGAUGAUCCUCAGAUGGAGGUAGAGAUGGACCUGGCCAAGGAGAAAGACUGGCUGCCCUCUUCUUCCUCUUCCACAGUGGAUUUGCUUGGAGGCAAGAAGCUUUUCUGGCCCCUUUUCUGGAGCUAUACAGAUGCUGAUUCUGGCGAGGAGAGCAACAGUCGGUCAGGCAUUGAGGAAACUGGUGAGGAAGAGGAGGAGGAAGAUUACUCCCUGGAUUAUGGCAGUGAGGAGCCUGUGCCCAGUGGAGUAGGUGGAGACUGGGAUGCUCGUUGGAAUGAAGGCUUGGAUCCUAUGCAGAGCUACUAUGAGGAGACAGAGGAGUGGUCACCCUGGACUGCCUGUUCAGUGACAUGUGGACAUGGUGAAAGGAAAAGGACCAAGUCCUGUGGCUACUCCUGCACUCUGACAGAGUCCUCUAAGUGUGACCUGGAUCCUUGUCCUGGUGACCUUAACACUGUGGUGGAGCCUUUCCCUUUUGAGAUGGAGAAUGGCACAGAGCCAUUUGGAACAGAUGUGGACAGCUGUGAGAAGUGGCUGCAGUGUAAGAGCGAGUUCCUCCAGCGGUAUCUCCAGCAGGUGUUGUCUGAGUUGCCCAGCUGCCCCUGCUCCUACCCCUCUGAGGUGGCCUACACUGUAGUGAGCACCUAUGACGAGAAACAUGGCCGGCAGUUCCGAUGGCGCGAUGCCAGCGGCCCGAAGGAGCGCCUGGACAUAUACAAGCCAUCAGCUCGAAGCUGCAUCCGCUCAGCACUUUCUAGUGACUCGUCCACGCUUGCGGCCCAGCAUUGUUGCUAUGACGAUCGUGGGCGGCUGAUCACACGGGGCAAAGGUGCAGGCACACCAAACCUCAUCAGCACCGAGUUCUCGCCCGAGCUGCAUUUCAAGGUGGAUGUUCUGCCGUGGAUCCUGUGCAAGGGGGAUUGGAGUCGUUUCCAUGUGGUGCGGCCACCGAACAAUGGGCUGAGCUGCGCAGAAAACCCCCACGAAGACGUGUUUAUGAACGAAUUGGAAGAGGCCAGGGAAUACUGAGGGAACACACCCACCUCACUUUGAGCAUCAAAGAGCCCAAUCCUAAUCUGAGCAGGGACUGUGUGUCUUAAAAUCCUAAAAUAGAUCAAAUUAAAUGUGCAUCAGUUAUUACAAAUCCAUUCAGAAGAAAUGCAUAUUUGCGAUUGGGGCAUUUUCGGGGUGUAGAUCUGAUGGUGUCAACUUUAGGCAGUAUCCUGAUAUCAUGCUUGACUCAGUUGAAGGACUUAAUGUCAGUGGAGAAAAGCAGUGUUGUCCUAUCGCUCCCCAACCUCCCAAACAUCCAGCAUGACAUCCAGCUCUCUCUUCAUAUUCAGUACAUCCUGCUCUUCCUGGUUUUAAAUGUGUGACUGUGAGGUGGCUAUAUUGAUGAACCAAACACACGCAUGGACACAGUCGAGCAAGUGUAUUUUCCAAAAAUUGCUGCUACAACAGGGGACACAGUAAUCCACGUUUCAUCAUCAGACAUUACAAACAAACUUUAGAAUAAGUUACGAGGGAAGGAAGCUAGAAUCGUUUGAUACAUGCAGUUGUGUUGCUACAGAGACUAAUGGCCAGUAAUCCAUGUUGUCACAAGUGUUUGUCACAUAGAUGGAGAUACUUUCCUAAUAUUUUCAAAGCAACAAAAGUAUACCAUAUAAUGUGGGGUGCCAAAGAGUUACAAAUUACGCGGUUGGUGCCUGUGUAGAUCCAGCCUCCUCGGUAGAAACACACAAGUUCUGCAGUGAGUAGAUUGUGCACAUAGACGUGUCUACAAUGUUCUCAGGGGGACUAACUGACCAUGAUGCAUUUAUUCAUUUACCUCGACAGUGGACCACUAUUGGACCUUGUGCAAAGUGUACUGGAGUUGGAACCCUUAUUCCAGAGCAGCAGAAGGUCUCUUUGGGUUUAUGUACAGAAGUUGAUUGGAUAGCAAGGGCAGACUUACUUAAAUAAACAUAUAUGAGAGGUCACAUUGUGAAUAAUGGUGAAAGCACCAUAGAAACCUAGUAUAAGACAUGGUGCAGAUGAAUGAUGGCUGAUUUUUAAUGCUAGCCAAGGCAGUUGUAAUUUUGUAACAGUAUUAGAUUCUCCACCAGCAGCAGUGGCAGUGAUCUUAAACCUUAUUACUCUAGAAGCUGCCCUUUCUAUCCAAUCACACUCAAUGCUCCAAAUUUCAGGAAUUCUGCUUCCACAUUUGUUUAUGCAAGUCAUGCAUUUACAUUUUGGAAUCACUAGUUUUAAAGGAAGGCACUUUAUUUAAGAUAUAUAUAUAUAUCAACAAAUGGUAUAUUAAAAUGUACUCAUGUUCACCGUGUGUUGAUUGAUGAAAGUGUUAUGGUGAAGGGAGACUUGCCAGAGAUGCUGCAUUGUUCUGAGAAAGUGCAUAAAUAAGUUGUGUUGAGUUCGAAAAGCAUGACCCUGUGUGAUUCUGAAUCUAGUAUUACAUAUAUGGUGUUGUACAGUAUUUAUUUGUCUGUUCUCUCUUUUUUUAAGUUUGCUGAAGCUUUGAAGUGACUGUACUCAACACGGUGCACUAUUUGGACUGAAACAUGAAGGGACGCAUUGUUAAAAGGGAAACAUCUCUCCUCUUAUCACCACAUACAGCAACUUCAAGUGUUAUCCUGUGUACCACAGUUGUGUAUGAAUACGUUGUUGCAAUUAUGAUGAAGAAAUAAAUAUAAAGAUAUUGCAUUCAU